AAAGAGCUGUCAGCCAUAGAAACGAUCCAUACCAGGAAGUUGUUCAAUUGACUGACAAAAAGUAAACCUCGUGAAAAUCGUUUGAGAGAUAAGCACGUUUUGAAUGACUUUAACGUACAUUCAUUAGGUUUGAUGAGAAUUUGACCCCACUUUCGUGGCCGCCACGAAGGCACGUUCCUGAGGCGGAUAGUGCCAGCUGAUGAGCCACGGCAUUGUGUUUUACUGAACAUGUGGGAAGUUUGUAUGCAGGACAAUUUAACCGUCUAAUUGCGUAUCACUGAAUAAAAUCACCAGCAACCAUGGGUAAAAAAAGCAAAAAUGAAAAGAAGGGGAAGGGAGCAGAGAAGACCGCUGCCAAAAUGGAGAAAAAGGUUUCCAAGAGAUCCAAACGUGAAGAGGAAGAUUUGGAGGCGCUGAUUGCUGAAUUUCAGAGCAUGGAUGCCAGGAAGACUCAAGUUGUAGAGACUGCAUGUCCUCCUCCAUCAGCAAGAUUAAGUGCAACACUUACUGCUCACCCAGACAAAGAUGAGCUCAUCCUUUUUGGUGGUGAAUUCUUUAAUGGGAAGAAGACAUACCUGUACAAUGAUCUGUUUUUCUACAACAUUAAAAAGAACAGUUGGGUUAAGUCUGAGAUCCCCAAUCCUCCUCCCCCACGAUGCUCUCACCAGACAGUGGCGGUCUCUCAAGGUGGGGGCCAGUUGUGGGUGUUUGGAGGAGAGUUUGCUUCACCAAACGGGGAACAAUUCUACCACUACAAGGACCUUUGGGUUUUGCACCUUGCUACAUGUGCCUGGGAGAAUAUCAAAGCACCUGGUGGUCCAUCGGGUCGCAGUGGCCACCGGAUGGCUAUUAGCAAAAGACAGCUGUUGGUGUUUGGAGGUUUCCAUGAGAGCACCAGAGAUUUUAUCUACUACAAUGACAUCCAUUCGUUCUCCCUGAAUACUUUCUCUUGGUCACGCCUGUCCGUGUCAGGCGUGGCCCCCUUGCCACGCUCCGCCUGUCAGAUGACCUCUACACCUGAUGGCUCCGGUGUCAUCAUAUAUGGAGGUUACUCAAAACUGAAACUGAAAAAGGACAUUGAGAAGGGAACGAUCCACUCUGACAUGUUUCUACUCAAGCAAGAAGGUAAAGAUGGCCAAGAGAAAUGGACUUGGUCCAGAUUGAGCCCCUCUGGAAACAAGCCGCCUCCCCGAUCUGGCUUCUCCAUGGCGGUGGGCCCGUUAGGGCGCGCUGUGUUAUUUGGUGGGGUUUGUGAUGAAGAAGAUGAGGAAACACUGGAAGGUGACUUCUAUAAUGACCUCUACUUGUACGACACAGCGAAAAACCGCUGGUAUCCCGCUCAACUCAGGGGUAACAAGUCAGACAAGAAGAAACGUCGGCGAGGGAAGAAGGAUGAAGCUGGGGGGGAAGCAGCAGAUAAGGAGGAAGUAGAAGAUGCUCCCACGGGGCCAACUGAAGUCAUCAAGGAGAUUGUUACAGAAGAUGGCACAGUGAUGACCAUCAAGGAAGUAUUACCUGGAGCUCAGGAGGCAGAGGAGGCCAUCGAUGAUGAAGAGGAGGAGGACGAAGAAGAGGAUGAAUCAGCCCUCGUGGAACCCUGCCCGCGGUCCAGCGCCAUGGCAACGGUGCGUCAGGGCAAGCUUUUUCUCUACGGCGGGAUGUUUGAAGUGGGAAGCCGCCAGUUCACCUUGAACGACUUCUACUGUCUGGACCUCCACAAGAUGGACCAGUGGGAGGUCUUGGUCGAGAUGGAUCCAAAGACCCAAGAAUGGCUGGAAGAGUCUGAAUCUGACGAUGACGACAACGAAGAAGAAGAAAAUGAAGAGGAAGCGGGUGGAGGAGCAGAGGGAGGAGGAGAAGAAGAAGAGGAGUCUGAUAACGAAGAUGAACAUGAGCACCCAACAGCAACGGAUGGGGAGACGUUGACAGAUUACCAGGCCCGGACAGAGCAGUACUGGAUCGGACUUGCACGCACCAACAUGGGUGCGGAUGCCAAGGACAAAAAAGUCACCAAGGUAGCCUUAGCUAUGGCUAAAGUCUUCUAUGAAGACCAUGCGCCGGAUGUUUGAAUGACUUGACUUCAACCACGCUUUGUCAAAUACAUUAUUUGCAUGUUAUGCUUUAUGCAAGCUAAGUCAUUGAAUUUGUAAUGCAAAUUGUCUUAGCAACAUUUUGGGUCAAGUGAAGACUUUUAAUAGCUCAUAGGAGUAAUUGUGACCUUGUCUAGGGUAUUAGAGCUGAUUUACCCCCAUCCACAGAAAACAUGUACAUGUAUUACCAAACCUUUAUUGAUAAAGCUCUGAGUGUUACUUUCAUGUAACAUCGGUGGUCUUUAAACAGUAUAUGUACAUCUCCAUCAAAAAUGAGUCACAUUUCAGAAUCUAAUAUGUCCAGGGUGUUGAUACGCCUGACCCAAAUGAUUGAGCUCUAACCUGCAAUAUUCAUCACGGCCAGCAGGGGAAGACUUGACGCAGCAGAAAUAUAUACAUUGACAGAAGCAGGGCCACCAUGAGGUUCUGACAGAACUGCUUCUGGCUUUGUAUAUUCAGUGAUAUAAUCUGGUGAAUAUUAAUAUUAGAGAAUUGGUGUCUAAAAUGUGUGCAGUGCAAAAAAAUGGUUUAAUCAUCUUAAUAGGUAAAGCAAAACAUGUUAAAAAGUAAGAAUAUGUGUAUUUCUUUGUAUGUAUCACAUUUGUACAGGCCAGCAUCUCCUAAUGUGAGACCCCGCCUAAAGUAAAUGAAACAGCAAAGGUAAACAAAAUAUUCAGUAUAUGUAUACAUUUGGGUUCCAAAUAGUGACUUUACAUUACUCGUGAGGCAAUUUUACAAUAAGUUAUUUUUUAUGAUGAUACUUUGGCAUGUGAUAAUAGGAACCCACACUCUCAUGUGAAUUAGGAAACAUGAUCCUUUGUUUUCCAAAUGUAUUUUUACACUUGAAUGAAAAAGAAAAUCUCACCUGACAAGGA